UAUUUUGUAUUUUGUAUUUAUUAUCUAUUAACGUACAUCGCUCUUAGGGAUUAUACAAUGGGUUUAGUUGUUUUAUUAUUUUUAUUUGUUUUCAUUUUGGUACUUCGGUUAGCUCGCGUGACUUUCAUUUACAUUGACGAAGAAUCCAACCGUGGAAUGACACAUUCCUCAUAUUUAUGGAUUUUCACUUUAUUUAAUAAUAUUGUAUUAUGUAUUGUUGGAACUUUACUCAUAUCUGAAAGAUGGUAUUUCUUAUUACCGUACAAUCUCAUAUAUUUUGGUGUAUCAUUGACCUCAUAUAUAUACGUUUUAAAAGUUAAAGAAGAUUUCGGGAAAGGAUUAAAAGAAGCUAAACAAUCAGCUUUAAAUGCUUUAAAUGAUAAUGACGAAAAUAUUAUUAUAGUUACCCUAAAUGAAAAACAAUAACAAUAAUAAUAUCAAGCCCUCAAGCU